GGGUAAAGUGCGCUGCGGUAUCCGCCCAUAUUCGCUGAAGGAGGCCAACCUGAGCAGCGAGGCCCGGACGCCGGAUCAAAUGGAAAGUUCAAUCGAUUAAUUUGCCUACAUUUUUUUUUUUUACCCCUUUCACAAGUUUUACCCCGCUCGCUUUUGUCACGAGGUGGUCUUGAUUUAAACACGGGGAGGGGGGGGGCCUUCGGUGUGAAAUAGGAAAUGCAGAGAUCGUGUGAGGCGAGAGGAUUAUCAGCUUGACUUAUUCGGUCGCUACUUCGGACGCGGAACUGCACUCGUUCAACGGUGAAUCAUGACAGAAUAUAAGCUGGUAGUCGUGGGAGCUGGUGGCGUUGGCAAGAGCGCACUUACUAUUCAGCUCAUCCAGAACCACUUUGUGGAUGAAUAUGACCCGACCAUUGAGGACUCCUACAGAAAACAGGUGGUGAUCGAUGGCGAGACGUGUCUGCUGGACAUCCUGGACACUGCAGGUCAGGAGGAGUACAGCGCCAUGAGGGAUCAGUACAUGAGGACAGGGGAGGGUUUCCUCUGUGUCUUUGCCAUCAACAACACCAAGUCCUUCGAAGACAUUCACCACUAUAGAGAACAGAUAAAGCGGGUGAAGGACUCCGAGGACGUCCCCAUGGUGCUGGUGGGGAACAAGUGUGACCUCCCGUCCCGGACUGUGGACACCAAGCAGGCUCAGGACUUAGCACGCAGCUACGGCAUUCCCUUUAUCGAGACCUCAGCCAAAACCAGACAGGGUGUUGAUGACGCCUUUUAUACAUUAGUGAGAGAAAUCCGGAAGCAUAAGGAGAAGAUGAGCAAGGAGGGUAAAAAGAAGAAAAAGAAGUCCAAGACAAAGUGUACCCUUAUGUGAAUAAUCACCGCUUUUCAAGACCGACUAAAAUAGAACUAUGUUGAACAGUUAAAGUAAUACAUUUUGUACAUUACACUAAAUUAUUAGCCUCUUUCUCAAUACCCACCAUACUGAAUACUAAACUUGACCCCCCUCUCUGCCUUUAUUGUUUGCUACUCGGACACCAGUAUGCUUUAUUUUCAGUUUAGUGCCAGUUGCUCACAUGUGUUGGUCCAGCCGUUUGAUGUCAUUGGAUGAAUUUACAUUUUCUUUUUGUAUAAAUACCUAAUGGAGCGCUAAGCUAAUUGCAUCACAGCUCACGUUUUGAUAAAUUAUUAAUUACCAAGUCCCCCCCCACCUCGUUUAUAAGUUCAUUCAUGACCUGUAAGAUUUUUUUUUUUUUUUAAACUUUGGGAUGCCAAAGAAUGAACUUUCAUUUGAUUGUCGUGGACACAACGGAUUGGAGGGCGGGACCAGCAUUCAGCCAGAUGAGAUCCAAAUGUUCCAACAACCGUGUGAGCGUCUCCUCGGUAUGACGUCACCAUGUCACAGAUUAGUAUGCAUGCAAACCCCUCUCCUAAUAUUUUAACAACCUAACUAGCUAUUCAUUAAUUUGCAAUUUGUCAAUGCUUUGUACUUUGUGGGGAGUGACUUCUUGCCUUCAUGAGAUGUUUUUUUUUUUUUUUUUUGCAUGCAAUGUCGUAGACACCACAAGUAUUUCAAACGUCCCCUGAUGAUGCAGCAGUGGGGAUUUUACGCUUUUUGUUUUCGGGCUUGUAUGAAUAAAGUAAUCAUCACUCGCUUUGGUGAGUAGCAAAUCUGCCAUUCUAA